GUCCAGCUGGACGUGGUAGGGUACAAUGCGGCCGUGACCGCCUGCGCGCGGGGCCGGGAGUGGCACCAGGUCGUGCUGCUGCUCGCUGCGCUCCGCCGCGACGGGCUGCGACCCACGGUGGUCACUUGCGGCGCCACCAUAGACGCCUGCGGCGCUUCCACGCAGUGGGCCCUUGCGCUGGCGACGCUGGUGGACGCCCACGCCCACCACCUGCGCCCGGGCACGACCUGCCUCAACGCCGCCGCGAGCGCGUGCGCGCGGGCGGCACUCUGGAGCGCGGCGCUCCAAUGCUUGGCAGAGGCGGGCCAGGCUCUCGUGGCGACCGACGCAGUCGGCGCCAUCGCGGCGCUCGCCGCGGCGGCGGAGGCCUCCCGGUGGCAGCUGGCGCUGCGGCUGGCCGACGCGUCAUGCAGCGCCACGGGGCCCCCGGCCGCG